AUGAGAAUAGCAGGCCGUCAGGCAACGGGUCGACGGCCGAAAUUUAAACCCUGGUGGGACGGUGGCUGUAAAGAAGCACAUGACACUCUCCGCGCUAUCAAGAUCGCUUCUAGGAACCCAACAGGCCUAGAAGUGCAAACAGCAAGACAAGACUUACAAAGGGCGAUCAAGAAGGCCAGAAAGAAGGGCUUCCAGGAUUUCCUCGGGGGGAUCAAAGAUAAGAGUGAUAUCUUUAAGAUAACAAGUUGGGUUAAGCCAAAGGCGCGCUUCGAACCUCCUCCCCUCCAGAUUAACAACCUGGUAUAUACGACUGAUGAGGAGAGGGCCCAAGCACUCCUUACCGCAAAGCUUGCUACCCGAAGUGCAGACGAGGAUAUUGAAUUCGACCUCGAAAGCGAUACCUCUAGCCAGCAUAUCCAGCGCAGCCGCUCGACCAAACAAAUCAAAUCAGGGGUUCAGAUUUGA